GGACGGGGAAAAACCGGAGACCGCCCUUGCAGAAGCGAACGUGUCCGACCGAUUAUCUACUUUAACCGUCGGCCUUGAUCAUGACCGCCCCGAUCACCACGCCGCCGACCUCGACGGCGAAGGAUGCCGCCUCCGCCCGGAAGCGGAGGCGACGAGCCCCAGCGGGUGGAGCCGCCGACGACUGCUUCACCUGUGCCAAACGGAACGUGAAGUGUGACCGGAGGAGGCCAUACUGCUCGCAGUGCUUGGAGAUUGGCAACGAGUGCUCUGGCUACAAGACGCAGCUAACAUGGGGUGUCGGCGUGGCGAGUCGCGGAAAGUUGCGAGGCUUGUCGCUGCCCAUCGCGAAGGCGCCGCCGGUGAGCUCGGCCAAGUCGGUCAAGUCGCCGACCCCAGAACGGGCUCGGACCGGCUCUAUCGCCUCGACUGGGCACUGGACGACCGAGCAGCAGGAAGACCAGGCCGUCAAUGAAGAGGUGGAAGGAGGUAUCAAGACCGAGACGGGCCACAGACGGAACCCAUCCGUGUCGGUGGCGACGCCUUUUCACGCCUACGACAUGUCGCACAUGUCGCCGACGGGGUCGGCGCCGCCAGGCUGGACUCACAUUCCUUUCUCGUCGAGCAUGCCUACAAACGACGCGUCGAGGUUCCCACCGAGGCCUCUCCAUAUCCCGGUCUCCGCCCCGGGAGACAUGAUGCAGCGGGAUAUGAUACAGACACCGAUCGACUCGAUGAGCGACGUCGACUAUAUGUCGCCUCUUGUUCACUCAUUCCCGAGGGAAGAGGUGCCUUCCUUCAUCCACAGCCCGGUGGUCUACGAGAGCUUUCCCAGCCACGCUUCGCCCGUUCCUCAGAGUCCAGUGGCCGCCAUGAUGAUUGAGCAGUCCCGCGCACCGGCGCCAUGUCCCAGCCUCGUCUAUGCCCCGUCGGAGCCGGCCUCGAGCUUGCAAUCUCAUGUUUCUCAUGUGGACAGCCUGGAGGCGCAGCUGAGCCGCAAACUGCGUCACGACUGCGACAUGUUGGGCCCUGGCACGCCUGAAUUGGACACAUACAGCUCGAGCGCGCAUUCUCAUAGCGCUUUUUGGACGUCCUCGAGUGCCGACGAUGAGUCCGUCUCGCAGAGCGUCCCAGACCGAAAUCCCGCGCCCUGGCCGGGUUCGAUUCCCUCCCAACCGCCCUCACCUGUCCUGCAGGUGAGCCCGGAUCUCAUCACCAAGAUGCCCUUCUUCAUGGAUUACUAUGAGAAGACCAUGUGCCCCAGCAUGGUGUACAUCGACGGCGUCAACAACCCGUUCAGAGAACACAUACUCCGGCUCGGCACUAGCAGCAGGAGUCUGCAGCAUGCCAUCUGCGCGCUUGCGGCAUGCAAUCUGAGGAUGAAGAGGAAGCUGAGCCUGGGCCAGCAUGGACGAGAUGCUGGGGAGAGGCGAUUCGACAUGAGCCUGAUCGACAGCGGAUCCGACGUUCAGCCUAGCGAUCAGUCGCUGGCGGAAGAAUACCAGCACCGGAAUCUCGCCGUCCGCCUCCUCAACGAGCAGCUACACGACCCGGAAAAGUCUACGCACGACUCUGUUCUGGCGACCAUCCUAGUCCUAUGCCACUACCGGAUGGCCGAGUCGGGCGUUGCUAAGUUCCAGACACAAUUUGCGGGAGUGAAAAAGAUCCUCGGCAUGCGACGGAUGUCGCCCUACCCGGCAUCGAGGGAUUCGGCAUGGAUGGAGGCCCUAUUUACUUAUUUCGACGCCAUCUCCGCCAGCGUCAACGAUAGGGAACCCCAGCUUACCACCUCGUUCUACGGCCUGCCGCCGGACGCACAUCUGUUACCGCCGGGUGCCGAGAACUGGGUGGGUUGUGAUCGGGAACUCUUCAAGACUAUCAGCAAAUUGGGCCGGCUGAACCUUCUUUCCCAACAUCGUCCCGUCCAACCGCUCGUCGCGUCCUCUUCGCUGCCUCGCAUGACCGCAUCUCCACGGCCGGCGUCCCCCCUCGCUGGGCCAUUCAAAUCCCCGCCCCUCCUUGGCGGGCCGGAACACCCCCCCCACCACCACAGCAUCUUCGGCGGCCCGCCGCAUCCAAUCGACAGCGGCGUGCGAUUCGACGGUAACGGUUUCGGCACGCCGACGCUUGAAGACGAGGACAUGCUGAACCAAGCGCAUGUCCAAGCCACAGCGACUUACGACGACCCCCGGAGCAUGUUCUGGCGCGAAUGGAAGGAAGCCCGCCAGGCCCUGCAAAGCUGGCAGUUCGACUCGACCCGCACCCGCGCCUCGCUGACGGCCCCGUGUUCAACGGCCUCGCCAUCCUCGCCGUCCCCACUGGGGCCGAUGCCCCCGGCCCCGGUCCCGACGAGCGCCCAGGUCCGCGACCUCAACUCGCUGAGCGAAGCCUUCCGCUACGCGGCGCUGCUCUACACGGAGCGGCUGGCCAGCCCCAACGUGCCGUCCAACCACAACAACUUCCGCAACCUGGUCAGCCAGGUGGUCUACUACGCCACCAGCCUCGAGGCGGGCAGCGCGGCCGAGAAGUUCCUGCUCUGGCCGCUGUUCGUCGCCGGCAGCGAGUGUGUCAACGAGCUGCAGCAGAACAUCGUGCGGUCCAAGUGCCGCGAGAUCAUGGCGCGCAGCGGCUACAUGAACAACCUCUCCGCCUUGGAGGUGCUCGAGCGGCUGUGGGCGGGCGAAGGGUGGAAGGAGGACGCGGCAAGAGCUCAUCACCAGCAACAUGGAAGGAUGGCGGGCAGCGGUAAAGGGGGGCCCUUUAACUGGACGCGGUGUAUCGGCGGGCCUGGGGUGGAGGUUGAGUGGAUCAUGUUUUGAUGAGCGACGAACGACGACGAUGAUGAUGAUGGCUGCUGCUGGAUGGAGAGAGGGACGGGCGACUUGGUUGCACACUAGAAGAGUGUGGCAAAGAGAUGGCAUUGUCUGGGACAUACAUUUCACUUUGGGUGGUCUCCUUGAGAGCGGGAGCGGGAUCUCUCUCAUUGCUUUCUCUCGUCAUUAUCACGGCAGCGCGGUGUACAGGCG